GUGAAUCUAUCUUCCGAGUUUUUGAAGAGUCCGCGGGAUAGAUUGGCUAUUAAUUACUGCUUGUUUAAUUACUGAAAUUGUCUUAUAAUUUUUAGUCAAAAUGUGAUCGCCAUUUUGAAGAGCGGUACCUUUUGUUGUAGGCUAGGCCUAGCUUAUACGUACAAGUACAUACAGACUGUUGUUGUGCAGCCCUGCACGAUACAAGAAUGGCAGGGCCUAGCCUAGCGGAGCAUUAUGGAAAGCUCAGAACAAUCUGGUGAUGGUACUCAGGUCCUGAGCAUUACUGGUGACUACAACCUAGCCGCUGCCACUGGAAUGUAUCAAAGUGCAGAUGGUGGAAGUGGAGAAGAUAGUAUAUCGGUGCAAGCUCUUGAUGAUGAGACAACCGAGAAGCAGUACUCACCAUUGAGGGAGCAAGAUCGUUUUCUUCCUAUAGCAAAUGUUGCUAGGAUAAUGAAGACAUCUAUUCCAGCCAACGGCAAGAUUUCCAAGGAAGCAAAGGAGUGUGUCCAGGAAUGUGUGUCAGAGUUCAUUAGCUUCAUAACUAGCGAAGCAAGCGAAAGAUGCCACCAAGAAAAACGGAAAACAAUCAAUGGAGAGGACAUCCUGUUUGCCAUGUCUAACCUAGGGUUCGACAAUUACGUUGAACCACUCAAAGUUUAUCUGCAGAAAUACAGAGAGCUGGUCAUGGGUAUCACCUCAAGCGGCAAAAUUCAAAAAGAUGCAUUUAGAAAGGUCAUUAAUUUCCCGGAAGUUGCUUCUCCCAACUUGGGACCCCUUCUUAAGUCUGUGAAAGGUGAAAAGACCGUAGGUGGGGGAAUGACCGCUAGCGACACACCCAUUCUGGAGGACAUGAACGAAGACUUUAGUACCACCAACCUUAUAUCUACAGAUCAGCCUGGACAACAGGGAACAAUAUUUACAUACACUAAUCAGAUGGCUCAGCCUUUGAACUACCAGUGACUUUGACCAGAAAAGCAUCUUGAAAUUAUUCCAGAAUGCAAUCAAAGGAUAAAUUCUUCGGAAGAGAAAGAGUUAACUUGAGGACAAACAGAUACACCAGCUGCACUUAUCGAUAAUAUACCGUGAUGGAAUACUCUAUCCUCAAUGGAUGGACACUGUAAAAGUGCUAUGCUGUUUCUACCUCAUCUAUAUCACAAUUAUUAUUUGUGGAAGGUUGAGAAAUUGAAAGAUAUUUAAGUCAUGUACUUAAGGUGUAUUAUUAUUAUCAGUUGCAUAAAUAUCUAGUGCUGGUACUUCGAGCCUGAUAUGUAAAUAGACCUUGGUGCACUUAAACACAACACUGAAAACUUUUAGUACCAUAUACUGUAACUACUAAUUAUUAUAUUAUAUACCGGUAAUACAUUUUUCAUUGCAAUAUAUGUUAAUGAAAUUUUGCUGUAAAUGUAGCUUCUGUUUGAGCAAGUUAUUUGAGUACAUGUGUACUGCGCUAAUUUAAACGAAGUAGAAUGCCAAAUGUAAGUAUUAUGUCUAUUUUAAUUUAACCAUCUGAUUAUCUAAAUCAUAUCUAAUGUUAGUUAAUAGCUAACAUGAUGAUAUGAAAUGGGGGAAGUAUGCUAAUGGAAUCAGAUGUAACAAGUCCCCCUCUCCCAUAUUCAUAAUGUACGGUGGUAUACAAUGAAUGGUAUAAUUGUACACGUUUAUAGGUUGUGGCUUAAGAUUUUCUUCACCAAAUACGUGUUUUUGUAUGUGAUUUUACCGAUGCAGUAGUAGUUUUUAAUUGUAGCAAUAAAGGUUUUCCAUCCAUAAAAAUCUUAUUGAAUUAGUAUGUAAUAAAUUGCCUAUACAGGGUUACAUGUAUUAUGAAUUUACAUUAACAGCUAGGAGCUGGUACUGUAUAGUAGUGUAUAUGACACUCUACAACCCUGUUUCCAUAAAAUUGCUACAUGUAUGUAGUCAUUGACAACAAUUAGUGUUCAUUGGUUGAAUCAUGAAACCUUCCCAAUUGCGUAUAGUGAAUAGCUACGUAGUAAUUGCAGUGAAAACACUGUAGCGACAGUGUAGCAGUUUUAUGGAAUUCAGGGUUAAGUGUCAAUAACAUCAGAUAUCUAUGUAUUGGGAAAGUGUUAUCAAUGAUGCUGGCACCAUUUUUUUAGUGGGGGAAGGUGCAGAUAAGCUUUGUACUGGGUUCGUUUCUGUAGCGAUGUAGCCAUGUGAAAUUUGAAUACUACUUGAAAGGAUGCUAACUGCAUAUCCAAAUCACUGUAUUUUUUGCCAUUACAUUUUUUAUUGUUCUCAUAAAUGUGUUUGUUCUGUUAAGUGUUUCAGUUUUAUGGAAUUCAGGGUUAAGUGUCAAUAA